GAAAGAAAAAAGGCCGUUACACAAGCCGGAAUCAUGACCCGGCGAGCGACUACGUAACACAGACCCAUACAAUAUCUUCUUCCAACACCUAUAUUUUGUCCUAAAACACGCCUUUGGAAGGAGGCCUAAAUGUCCGAGAUAGUUAUAUAGCCUAAGAAAUGCGGAUACGUUUGUAUAACGCAAGGCUUCGCUACGUCUUGGAUAAGUGGCCAGGGAAGCGCUACUUGGGCAUGUACCGCUUCCUGCCCAUGUUCUUUGUUCUUGGAGCUGCCCUCGAGUUUUCCAUGAUUAAUUGGCAUGUUGGAGAAGUGAACUUCUAUCGCACCUACAAGAAACGACAAGCACAGGACAUUGCUCUACAGGAACUACAAGACGAAGGAUUGUUGCCGCAAUAAAUACCAAAACACAGAA